AUGUCUGGACAUGAAACAUUCGAAAAAUUAAAUACACAUUGCCUCGAAACGAUUUGCGAAGAGCCACAUUUGAUCUUUAAAUCCGACGAUUUCUUGGCUUUAGAUGAACCAAUGUUAGUCUGGCUCUUAAAGCGCGAUGACCUUGGAAUGGAUGAAAUUGAAGUUUGGGAUUAUACAGUUCAAUGGGGUAUCGGAAAUACGGAAAAUUUGAGUUCGCAUGAUGUUUCAAUGUGGACGGUUGAUGAUUUCAUCGCGCUCGAGAAAACUCUGCACCAAUGCAUUCCAUUAAUUCGUUACUUCGAAAUUGCGGCGGAUGAUUACGCGGAGAAAGUUCUUCCAUAUAAAAAAAUAUUACCAAAAACUUUGAAAAAACAACUUUUGACGUUUCAUUUGAAAGCUGGAAGCGAACCACCAUUGAAUGCUUUACCACCGAGAGUUUUGUGUGCGACUGUCGCAAUUGAUUCGGUUAUCACUAACCCAAGACAUGCGGCCCUUAUUGCCUCUUGGAUUAAACGUAGAUUAGGAAGUGAUAUUUCUGAAUAUAAAUUUAAUUUGAUUCUACGGGGAAGUAGAGACGGCUUCAGUAAUUCAAUCUUUCGUCAAAUGUGUGCGCAUUUAACUAGUACCGUAGUUUUGAUAAAAAUUUGUGGAUCAGGAAAAAUUAUCGGUGGUUAUCAAGCAGGAAAGUGGUUUAAUAAUACAAAGAGAAGCGACAUAUUACUUGAUGAGGAAUUCUCCAAUUUUACAUUAAGUCGCCGUCCUCGUCAAUUAUCAAAUCCUGAAAAGGCGUCCAAUUUAAAUUUUUUAUUUUCUCUUGGAACUGGAAAAAAUCUGAAAUCCGUUCAACUCUCCUUCGCCGAACAACGCUUAUGCAACGGCAGUCAACGAAGUAAUAACACACAUUCUGGACCAUUCUUUUAUAACGAUUUAUUCAUUAGUGACCAAUCGAAUUCGAAUAGACUUAGUUGGUAUCAAUGUCAAACCUAUCAACCGAAUCUUUUUAAUGGGCAAAUCGGACAACAUUUUUUCCAAGUUGAAGAGUAUGAGGUUUUCCAAGCGGUAGUUCACGAUGAUUAA